GGUCGAGCAACUGUAGCGAGGAAAGCAGUUGGGUCAAGAUGGCGACUGCCGAGGGUCCGGUAGGCGACGGUGAUCUGUGGCAGACCUGGCUUCCUAAUCACGUUGUGUUCUUGCGGCUCCGGGAGGGACUGAAAAACCAGAGCCCAACAGACUCUGAGAAACCGGCUUCUUCAUCAUUGCCCUCAUCGCCGCCUUUGCCGCCGCAGUUGCUGACGAGAAACCUGAUUUUCGGCCUCGGCGGAGAGCUCUUUCUGUGGGACGGAGAAGGCAGUUCCUUCUUAGUGGUUCGCCUCCGAGGCCUCGUCGGUGGUAGUGAGGAGCCUUCGCUCUCCCAGUACCAGAGAUUACUUUGCAUAAAUCCACCUCUGUUUGAAAUUUAUCAAGUCUUGUUAAGUCCAACCCAACAUCAUGUAGCACUCAUCGGAAUAAAAGGACUUAUGGUAUUAGAAUUGCCUAAAAGAUGGGGGAAGAAUUCUGAAUUUGAAGGUGGAAAAGCAACAGUGAAUUGUAGCACCACUCCAAUUGCUGAGAGAUUUUUCACCAGUUCUACCUCUCUGACUCUAAAGCAUGCUGCCUGGUAUCCAAGUGAAAUGCUAGAUCCUCACAUAGUGCUGUUAACAUCAGACAAUUUAAUAAGAAUUUAUUCUCUCCGUGAGCCACAGACACCUAUUAAGGUGAUUGUACUUUCAGAAGCAGAAGAGGAAAGUCUAAUACUCAAUAAAGGAAGGGCAUAUACCGCAUCUCUAGGUGAAACCGCAGUUGCAUUUGACUUUGGGCCAUUGACAGCAGUUCCAAAGAAUAUAUUUGGACAAAAAGGCAAAGAUGAAGUAGUGGCAUACCCACUGUACAUCUUAUAUGAGAAUGGGGAGACUUUCCUUACAUAUAUCAGUCUGUUACAUGGCCCUGGGAAUAUUGGAAAACUGUUGGGUCCAUUGCCCAUGCAUCCUGCUGCUGAAGAUAACUAUGGUUAUGAUGCUUGUGCUAUACUCUGCUUACCCUGUGUUCCCAACAUCUUAGUGAUUGCUACUGAAUCAGGAAUGCUGUAUCACUGUGUUGUGCUAGAGGGGGAAGAGGAAGAUGACCAAACAUCAGAAAAGUCCUGGGAUUCCAAGGCUGACUUCAUUCCUUCUCUGUAUGUGUUUGAAUGUGUUGAACUAGAACUCGCCCUGAAAUUGGCAUCUGGAGAGGAUGAUCCCUUUGAUUCUGACUUUUCAUGUCCAAUUAAACUUCACAAAGAUCCCAAGUGUCCGUCAAGAUAUCACUGUACUCAUGAAGCUGGUGUACAUAGUGUUGGGUUAACCUGGAUUCAUAAACUUCAUAAGUUUCUUGGAUCAGAUGAAGAAGAUAAGGAUAGUUUACAAGAACUUGCUACAGAACAGAAAUGCUUUGUAGAACAUAUCCUUUGUACAAAGCCACUGCCAUGCAGGCAGCCAGCUCCAAUUCGAGGAUUCUGGAUUGUCCCUGAUAUUCUUGGGCCCACAAUGAUCUGCAUCACCAGUACCUACGAGUGCCUCACAAGGCCUUUAUUGAGUACUGUCCAUCCAGCUUCUCCUCCCCUUCUGUGUACCCGAGAAGAUGUUGAAGUGACAGAGUCCCCUCUCCGUAUUCUGGCUGAGACCCCAGAUUCCUUUGAAAAGCAUAUUAGAAGCAUUUUGCAACGUAGUGUUGCCAAUCCAGCAUUUCUCAAAUCAUCUGAAAAGGAUUUGGCCCCUCCUCCUGAGGAAUGCCUUCAGCUCAUCAGCAGAGCCACCCAGGUGUUCAGAGAACAGUACAUUCUUAAGCAGGACCUGGCAAAGGAAGAGAUUCAGCGGAGGGUCAAAUUAUUAUGUGACCAAAAAAAGAAACAGCUAGAAGAUCUCAAUUAUUGUCGAGAGGAGAGGAAGAGUCUACGGGAAAUGGCUGAGCGCUUAGCUGACAAAUAUGAGGAAGCCAAGGAGAAACAAGAAGAUAUCAUGAACAGGAUGAAAAAAGUUCUUCACAGUUUUCACACUCAGCUCCCAGUUCUCUCUGAUAGUGAGAGAGACAUGAAGAAAGAAUUACAGCUGAUACCAGAUCAACUUCGACAUUUGGGCAAUGCCAUCAAACAGGUUACUAUGAAAAAAGACUAUCAACAGCGAAAGAUGGAAAAGGUGCCAAGUCCUCAAAAACCGAGCAUCACCCUCAGUGCCUACCAGCGGAAAUGCAUCCAGUCCAUUCUGAAGGAGGAGGGUGAACACAUAAGGGAAAUGGUGAAGCAAAUCAAUGAUAUCCGAAAUCAUGUAAACUUCUGACACCAGGAUUAGAUUCACAACUGAAAUUAACAGAACUGAAGAUUCAAACCCAUACUGUAAACCAAACAGCACUAAUUUAUAAAGAAGCAUUUUUUUUGGAUGAA